CCACUUUCUGUCUUUUGAACCUUUUCAUUCAAACAAAUUCAACUGUCAAAAAAAAAAACCAAUAGAGCAAACCAAAAGAAAAAAAAAAAAAGAAAAAGAAAAGAAAAAAAAGAAAAGUAGCAGCACUACACAGCAAAAGCCAAAACCAAAGCCAAAGCAGCCUUUGGUACCUGGAAUAUCCUCAUCGAUCCCCUCCCAAGUCUCAAUCCCCUUUUUCCACCAAUCUCUAUUUAUACAUACAAUAAGUCUAUACUCACUCUGUCUCUCCAUCAAAAUAUAUUACUUCAAUGAAACUAGACCACAACAAUUACGACGAGGACGACGAGGACGAAGAGAUGUGCCGCGCCAUCAUCGACCGUGGCGUCGGCAACGGCGAUGACUGCAACGGCGAGGACCUCUUCAGUCCGCCUCUCAACUUCGCCAUGGUCGAUAACGGCAUUUUCCGCUCCGGCUUCCCAGACUCCGCCAACUUCUCUUUCCUCCAAACUUUAGGCCUCCGCUCUAUCAUAUGUCUGUGUCCGGAGCCGUAUCCAGAGGCGAACAUGGAGUUUCUCAAGUCAAAUGGGAUCAAGCUUUUUCAAUUCGGGAUUGAAGGAUAUAAGCUUUUUUCAGAUCAUGUAUUCAGAAGUCAAAACUUUUAUGUUUUUCUGGAGCCUUUUGUGAACAUCCCGCAGGAUACGAUUCGUGAAGCACUAAAAGUUGUCCUUGAUGUAAGGAAUCACCCAGUUUUAAUUCAUUGUAAAAGAGGGAAGCACCGAACUGGUUGUCUUGUGGGUUGCUUUAGAAAAUUGCAAAGGUGGUGCCUGACAUCUGUCUUUGAUGAGUACCAACGUUUUGCCGCUGCUAAAGCUAGAGUUACAGAUCAGAGGUUUAUGGAGUUGUUUGAUGUUUCUAGCUUGAAGCAUCUUCCUAUGUCAUUUUCAUGUUCGAGGAGGUAAACAACAAGAUCUAUUGAAUGGCUUUUCCUUUCUUUAAUGGAAGAGAAUCGUAUAGGCCCUACUUCAGAAUAAAUAGGAAAAGGUGAUGAGUUCCUGAAAUGCAUUUCAGCGGUAAAGGGAUAAUUCUUCGUUUUUCCUCAUUGAGAAUAAAAUCCAUUAAAAUUAGUGUGUCCAGUUUGGAGUGUAACAAAGCCUCUCUCUGUCCCAUCCACCACCCUCCACUUUUUCUUUCUUUUCUUUUCUUUGUUUUUGUUUCCGAAUAGUCUCUCUGCGAUUGUUGCAAUACACAUGCAACAACUAUGGCAGUAGAUAUGUUCCAGGUCCUUCACGAAUUCAUAGUUAGAUUGGUUUAGAGAUUUAAGCUGAUGCUGAAGCAAUUGUUUAUGGGCACAAGUCAAGAUAGCAGGCUGGCAGCUCUUCUCUACUUCAGCUGUUCCUGCCAAUUAUUAUAAUGGAAGGCAAGGCAGCUGGCGAGAUUUUGUCUACCAAUGAUUCUUGAUCCGGUAGUCAAGUAUAGAUAAUUUAAUAAAUAAAAUUUACUUAUAAAAGGAUUAUCUUGAUAUCUGUAUGAUGUAAUUUGAUGAAAAAACGAUAUGUGAUUUGAUAACAAGGGAAGAAUUCUUGCA